CAUCUCACACCUUCUUCACAUCUUCGCAUUGCCUUCACAUCUGCUUUUGGGCGUUCGUGUGGCCGGUGAGCCGCGAAAGUGAAUCGCCUGUGUGGAGUGUCCGAAGCGGUGACAGAGGGCCAUGGCGUUAAACUGGCUGGUGGAAGUGCGAGGUGUGCAGAUGACCUGGUGUGAGUAUAAGGCUCUGCGAGCAGAGGAGGCAGCAAGAAACCACAGAAGGCUGAACCGUCUCAAAGAGGCCAUCCAAAUGCUGGAAAAGGCGAAGGGAAAGACUGAAGACAAAGGGGCCGAAUCGCCAAACCCAAGCAAGCCACAAGAGGAAAAGACGGAAGAGAACGGCGAAGGGUCCGAAUCACCAAUCGCAAGCAAACCGCAAGAGAAGGAAGUUGAGAAGUCAGACGUGGCCCCAUCUCCCACCGCCACAACUGUGAGCGAAACGGACAAGGAGACGACUGCGGAGCCAAAGAAGGAACACGAACAUCAUUUGGAACACGAAGAUGGAGAGCUCCACGAAUUUAACGAGACGGCACAUCUAAUGGAGCUGGAAGCCGAAGAGGAAGAGGAACAUGUGCACUCUCAGGAAAAGGAAGAGGAGCCCCAGAAAGAGGAGGCUGGAAGCAGUGUCGCCGUGCAUGGAGACAAACCAACGCCGAAGGCUCCAGUGCCCACAAGCACAGGCACGAAUGAUGCUGGCGCAAAAGCAGGAAAAAUCCUGCUUAAUCUGGUCAACAACAAGGAGGAACGCCCACCGCAACAAGCGGGUGCAGUCCUUUUGCAACUGUUAAAGGGCGGCGGCACACGCAAGGUGGAGUCAGGGCGCCCUGACGCUGGCGCCGGCCUAGCCCUAUUGCAACAGGUCAAGGCAGGCAGCCUAGGUGCACCUCCAAAGAACGAUGCAUGGGCGUACGAUGGUGACAGCCGCUGGUGGUCUUGGGAUGAAUGGGGUCACGGGAAGGCUGGCAAGAAGGGGAAGACCGGGUGGAACGGAGACUGGUGGGGCUAUGGCCAGGACUGGGAAGACUGGCACGAGCGCUGGGUGCCAACACCACAGGGCAGUCAAAGAAGGGCAAGGCAAAAGCAGGUCAGACUGCGCUGGCAACAUUACAAUUAAGGCCGACAGGUCAGCAGCCAGGAGACUUCAGAUGCCUCGUCAGCUGCGCUCUUGAGGAACGAUUCUGAUGAUAUGGAAGCCUCGACGGUGGUGACCGAAUCUGCCAUGGGCAGGAUCUUGUUUGAAGUCCACAAACCAGGACAAUUGUAUAUAAUAUAGAUUCUACUUGACUCCUGUAUUUUACUGUACCAGAAUUGGUGUGCAAGCAGCUUCGAAACGAAGGACACUGAACUCUUGGC